CCUUGUCCCAUCUUACAGGUCCCUUGGCCUUUUCCGGUCUCUGCCUGCCUGUUCAUCGGGAGCAGCACCCACCUGCUGCGUCCUCUCCUUCCUGUCAUCCGUCCAUCCAUCCACCCUACCUAUAUAUCCUGCCCCCUGUGCUGCGCAACGCUGCUUCACUUCAGCAUUUCAGAGAGAGAGAGAGAGAGAGAGAGGCAGCUAGCUGUGCUGCUGUGACUUGACUGUUUGAGCGCAGGGGGAGACAGGAAGAGAGAGAAACGAGAUGGCUUGGAAUGGCGGCUUCGGCGACGAGGAAGAGGGGAAGGGCCUGGAGCUGAGCCUCGGCCUCCCGGGCUACUUCUCCAGAUCGCCAAGCCAAGCUGCAGGCUUGGAGGAGAAGGGAAGUGCUGGUUCUGCUGCUGCUUCUGCAACUGCAGCAAAGGGAAGCGAUGGCUUCAAGGGAAGGCCGGUGGCAGCUGCUCCGGUCGUCGGAUGGCCCCCAGUGCGCGCGUUCCGGCGAAACCUCGUCUCAUCGUCGUCCAAGCCGUCCCACGAACCAUCAAGCCACGGAGGCAAAGAUUCUGGCAGAGCCAAGGUUGAGUCCGGCAAGAAGGGCCUGUUCGUCAAGAUCAACAUGGACGGCGUCCCCAUCGGCCGGAAGGUCGAUCUGAGCGCGCACGGCAGCUACGGCACGCUCUCGGGCGCUGUCGACCAGCUCUUCCGCGGCCUCCUCGCCGCAUCAGGACGGGAGGAGCAGGUGACCAUGGGGCUCCUGGACGGCAGCGGCGACUACACUCUGGUCUACGAGGACGACGAGGGCGACCAGAUGCUGGUUGGAGACGUGCCAUGGGACAUGUUCAUCGCCACCGCAAGGAGGCUGCGCGUGCUGAGGAGCUCUGAUCUGAACACGUCAUCGCUCGGUCCCCGCUAAAACUAGUUUGCAGUAAAUUGUAGCCUGAAAAUUGAGUUCAGAAUUUUGAUCUGGCCCUUGCUUCUGCAGCUAAGAGCAGAGUAGGAAGAGGGCAGCAGCUGGGUGCUGAACUGUGCCCAUGGCUCUGAACAUUUUGCGGCUUUUCUGCGAGCCAUCUGUAUAAACUUGAAGCUGUUUCUUCUAUUUUGGUUGUCACGCCGUUACCAACUAGGGAAGCAAGAAUCAAGAGGGGAUGAUGGGUGUUGUACCUGUAAUGUUUGGAGCUGCAGUGUCAGAUUUUUUGGAACUGCAGACAUCAUGUUGUCAGCGGCCAUGCAUGCACAGUGUAGAGAUGAUGUCUGUUCGUAUCUUUUCAAUGCUAGCUUCUCUUGAUUCA